AUGUCUCCAGAUCAGACAGCGCAGAAAUCGGUCGGCUUCCUGGACCUUCCGACCGAGGUCCGCCAUAAGGUCUACAAGGAUCUGUUCUGUCACCGAGCGUUGCCUAUCCCUCUGGGCUCAGGGAGCCUUGCGCCCCUGCAGCUACAGCAUAAGAUUGACUUGGACGAGCCAGUAUUCCACACGGCGCUUUUCAGAGUGAACAAGGACAUCUCGACCGAUGCAAUCCGUUUCGCGUAUAGUGUCAAUAGCUUCCAGCUGCCCUCUGACCUGACUAGCUUCUGCCGUCUGGGUAGCACUGCACUGGCCUCGAUCCGAUCUCUCACAGUCUACAACAACUGUUGGCUCGCCGGCAGAGAAUCCCAAGCAGUCUGGGACAUUAUCAACCACAGAUGCUCGAGUCUAGAACUGCUUGUGGUUCAGCCCUCAACACAUUUGCUGUGGCAAGCUAUUCCCCAGCUGAAGAAAUACGUCGCUGAGUUCGACUGGGCCAAGGCGUCGCGACCAAGGCUCGUCUUCCAUUUGUACGUCUUUGACCGUCACUUUUCGUUCGACCUCCCCGAGCGCGAGUAUCAGAGAGCCUUACAGGAGUUAAAGGGUGCCGAGGGCGACCAUGAUGGCUGGUAUGGAUUUCUGAAACCUGGAGAGAUGGUUUCGCUUUUGCCGAGGCACGUGAAGCAGAUCAAUUGCGUGCUUGACGUCAGUGCAGGAGGCAUUCAUGCUCUAGACGAGGUCAUUCGAGAUUCUUCAGACCUUCCUCUGAUCAAAAUGACGCUGCCUGCAUCCACAAAAACCUUUCGACACGGGUCUCGAGACCAGCUCUGUUACGUCUGGGGCGAACGAAAUGAAGUCUAA